CAUAAGCUUUAACGCUCGAGUUUCAUAUUUGUUGAACUGCGGCACCGCGACCAUUCCCAGUGCUAAACCUCAGGUUAAACCUUGGGUAGUGUCCCUUAUUUUCGUUCUAAGGCAGUUCUGAGUUCGUCCUAAAUGGCUGGCGUCGGUCACAGACGACAGCACAGCGGCGACGGGCCCACAAUCGCGACGCUCAGUCCCCAAGUGAUAGAUGGCCGUCUUCUAGAAGGUGACGCGGACCCAGGUCUACAGGGGUUGAAAGGUGCGGCUCGGCGGGGCUCACUUGCGCUGCAUGCCGGUGACCCUUCGGCGACGCUCAAAGGCCCAAUCAAGACGCGGCCUGCCCAGCUCGGCAGAGCCGCCGCGGCGGACAAGCCACCCAUGACUCCACCGCGUGUGUCCGGCAUCAGCCUCGCGCCCGCGCCCUUCGACGCCGACCACCACCACGGAGCAGCCGCGGCAGUCGCAGCGCACAGCAAGGUGGCCGGCGGCCGGCCAAGCCAAACACAGCUCAACAUCGGCGGCAAGGUGCCGCCGCACCCAAACAGAAUCUCCCUAUCCGGCGCGGUAGGGGGGCCAAGCUGUGCAGGGGUGGGCGGCGGCGCCGGGGCCGCCGGCAGCAGCGGGCCAGCGGCAUCCGCCAGCGGCGCCGCGCCGCUCAUUGCUGAGGGCCGCAGCAUUCAACGCGGUGCUGCCACGGGGCUGCAGCUCGACCCCCGGCUGGUGGCCUUCCAUGAAAUCAACGGCGGCGGCGGCGACAGCGACAGCGUGUGCAGCACACCGGUGCUCAGUGUGCACCAGUUGACACGGCAUGAGGGCGACGGCGCGUUCGGUCCCCUGACACCGCACCCGCUGUCACCAUCCAUCCUCACGCUGUGUGCGCAGCCGGGGCUAGACGACCAGUUUGAGUUCGGGGGCGUGGCCAGGGCGACAGGCGAGCUACUCGACAUGCGAAUUUGCGAUUCGCCGCGCCUGCCGUCGUCGUGAUGCGGCGCUGUUGACGCAGCGGCAGUAAGAUGUCGUGUCAGUGUUACGAACACUCUGGAUGAUCGGGGUCAAGGACAGCGCAUCGGUGUGGGCGUGGGCACUGUUGUGGGCGGCGCUGUUGACGUAUACUGUGACGUACAACAUGUCUCACUUGCAACGUUUCUCCCUAGGUGCUUGCGCUAGGGCAUCUACGCGUUUAUGCGUCCGCGGGCGAAGCCGCGUCUGAGCCUGACAUGAGUCCUAACAUGACACGACAGAUGGGUUCGCAACGCACUGUGCACUGGGUUAAUGAAGAUCGUCGGAUUGCUUGAGGCAUCCAGGACCCACACCAUCUGCUGAAAAGCACAUGAGCGUGCCCUCGGAGAUGAGGACAUCGUAUGAAGGUCUUGGCUGGAUGUGUUGACACGCGCUGCGAGCAGUGUUCUGGUUGCGUGAAUGGGUCUGCUUAAGAUGAGGACUAGCGGCUGUGUAGGCAUUUUGCGCAUGUCAUUCAUGACGAAGCGGAGGGGCAGACAAGGCCACGUGGAGGAGGGUGUGUGGACAGUGGUAAGGCAGGUUGGUGAAGUCCCGUAGGGUGCAGCUGAUUCCCAAACCCCAGCAGAUGGCAAACAAUUUGCAACGGCCGGGCAGGAGUGCGCGGCUGGGCGAACGCCGGAGGAGAGCGCGGCGCCGCCCGAUGAUGGAGUUGAGGCCUGCCGGCGUCUGGUUUGCGGUCUUUGGUGGCGAGCGUAGCAUAGGAUGUAUGUGGUGGUCCUGUGCCUGCUGUGCUUGUACGUGACAGCGGGACGCGGCUGGCGGGCGGUGCCUGUACAAACUGACCCCGGCUGUAUCCGGGAGAUGGGGUAAUUGCGAUAGCUUCGGCCGCAGACAUGCACCAGCGUGGCGUGGGCGCAGCCCACUUUUCCCUCGACGGGGAGAGCCAUUUCUUGUUCUUCAUGCGAAUGUUAUAAUGUUGCUGACGUACGCUCCGUGGUCAGUGUUCACAACUGCGAGCAGGCGAUGGCGCCCGUGGUAUUGAGGGGCAGCAUCUUUCAGAGAGGCUGCAGUUUUGGCUGUUGGUAGUGCAAGCGUGAACCUUCCUAUCGAGAUCAAAUUAGCGUGUCCUGCAUGGACUAAUACCCCUCUUCUCCUU